AAAAAAUUUGAGUUAGAGGCUUCCCGUUUCAAGAGAAAGAGGGCUUCUCUUCUUUCUUUCUUUCUUUCUGAAAAGUCACAGCUAAACUAAAUCUCGACUAAAACGCUGCGUUGCAGAGUCAAAAGCCGUUCAUUUGAGCCGUCGCUCCAAUUCCAGCUCUUCUUUUGGCGGGAAUUCGAGUUCCCAUUCUUCCAUUUUUUAUCGUUGAAAAACAAAACCAAUUGAAGCUUGAUUGAUGUGAUUAAAGAGAGAGAUGGGAUUGUCGGACAAUUCGAAGGGAGUUAUAUUAGCAGUGGCUUCGAGCGCGUUUAUCGGCUCCAGUUUUAUUUUGAAGAAGAAAGGGCUCAAGCGUGCUGGCGCUUCGGGUACUCGCGCAGGAGUUGGAGGUUAUACAUACUUAUUAGAGCCACUUUGGUGGGCGGGCAUGAUAACAAUGAUUAUUGGAGAGGUUGCGAAUUUCGUGGCUUACGUGUAUGCUCCUGCGGUUCUAGUUACCCCGCUUGGUGCGCUAAGUAUAAUUGUGAGUGCUUGUCUGGCACACUUUAUGUUGAAGGAACGAAUUCAGAAAAUGGGGAUUGUAGGAUGUGUGUCCUGCAUUGUAGGUUCGGUAGUGAUUGUAAUUCAUGCACCACAAGAGCAUACUCCAAUUUCUGUACAAGAAAUUUGGACUCUAGCUACACAACCAGCUUUUCUAAUCUAUGUAGCAACUACACUUUCAAUAGUUUUAGCUUUGGUUUUAUAUUUUGAACCUCGUUAUGGGCAGACAAAUAUACUGGUUUAUUUGGGAAUUUGUUCCUUAAUGGGUUCUCUUACGGUUGUAAGCAUCAAAGCCAUUGGAAUUGCUAUAAAGCUUACAUUGGAUGGGAUAAGUCAGAUAGCUUACCCCCAAACUUGGUUUUUUCUUACAGUUGCUUCAAUCUGUGUCAUUACACAAUUAAAUUACCUAAAUAAGGCCUUGGAUACAUUCAAUGCUGCAAUUGUUUCUCCUGUAUACUAUGUGAUGUUCACAACUUUGACCAUUAUUGCAAGUGUAAUCAUGUUUAAGGACUGGUCAGGCCAAAAUGUGAGCAGUAUUGCCUCUGAGAUAUGUGGAUUCAUCACUGUACUCUCUGGAACAAUCAUACUUCAUGCAACAAGAGAACAGGAGCCACCUCCACCAGUAGGAACUGUGACAUGGUAUGUUAGUAGCGAUUCCAUGAAGAGCCCUGAAGAUGAACAUUUAAUCACUCUACGCAGUUCAGAGUAUUAUGAGCCAUGAGUUUUCUCCUUCAAAGAUUAGUGUUCUGAUCUCUGUUGGACGAACAUUAAUCUGGAUAGAAUAUGUGGAAAGCCAGAGAGUUCCUUGUUCUCAGACAAAAUUUGGGGAUGUCAACAAAAGCCAGAAAGGUAGUUUCCGAGAUGCCUUUCCCUAAUGACUCGCUAACAAGACUCCAAAUGGAAUCAGUUAAUGCUUCGUGAAUUCUCGCAUCAUUGUCAACUUGGAACGAGGAGUUUAAUGCAGUAUAAAUUCCCAUUUGACAGUGGUGAUCUCAUUCCCUUUGCCAUGGUAAUCCAUCUCAUCUGUACAUAAAGAAAGCUAUUCUUCUUUGGUUGAGGGGUUGUAAUGAUUCGGGUUUUCUUGAUUCUUUUAGAAUUUUCUGUGAAGUGUGGGUCAAAAUUCUUUUGGUUUCUAGUUUUUAUUCAUACAAAAAAUCUUUGCCGUGAUUGAAGCUUUUGGUGCAUUAAAAUGAAGCUUUUGGUUAUCUGUCCAUAACUUUCCAAACAUUUGGAUUCCAGGAAUCGGCUUUAGAAGUGAGCAACACCUUUCUAAAAAGAGAGGCUGAGGCUGAGAAACAGAUGUCUGUCGUUUUACAAAAAUAACAAAAGGUUAAUCCAAUUCCAGCCCAGUUGCCCUUUGGAAAAUGUCUCUUUGACUGCAUAAUUCAAGUCUAAUUUAACAAUUACUACUAUUAAUUACUAAUUAAUGUUUUUAUCAUGUAUGGGGUGUAAUUGAGUUAAAUCAAAUUGAUAUGA